GGUAGGGCGGGGACCGCGACGCUUCCAGGCACGUGGGACCCUGAGAGGCUCGGCAUGGGACUCGGGCACCAGGAACCGCGGCGGCGGCGGCGCCUGGAGGGGACCAGUGCGGCGGGGAGAUGAGGGGGACCUAGAGAGGAACGAACACCGUGAGAGGCCGCCAAGUGCGGCCUGAGGACGGGCGCGCCUGUCGACUCAGCGCCAAACAGGGAGAGCCCAUUACGUGACUCUGUCCCGAGGGCCUGGGCUCCCAGCCCUUGUACUGCGCAAAACUGGGCGGUGAGAGCCGGCUGCCGGCGCGCUGUUGAACUUUGUUUUCUCUAGAGCGUGGACCUCGGAGCCCUCCAGGCAACUGCUUGCCUUGAAAAAUGCUGGAGGCUGGGCGAGGGCCCAGGCCCGGGAACCUGUUCUUCCUGUUUCCUGCCUCAGUCCCAGUAGCUGGUCCAGGCCUGUGCACAUGUGAGUGAAGAACUGGAACGGACUCUGAGCAUCCUCGUCAUACCAAAAGCAGGAGCUGAUCGGGUCCAGGGCAAUGGCAGCAGGCCUGGACUCCUGGAAUAGUACCAUCAAUGGCACCUGGGAGGGGGACGAACUGGGUUACAAAUGUCGCUUCAACGAGGACUUCAAGUAUGUGCUGCUGCCCGUGUCCUAUGGCGUGGUGUGCGUGCUCGGGCUGUGCCUGAAUGUCGUGGCCCUCUACAUCUUCCUGUGCCGCCUCAAGACCUGGAACGCCUCCACCACCUACAUGUUUCACCUGGCAGUUUCUGACUCUCUCUACGCAGCCUCCCUGCCGCUGCUGGUUUAUUACUACGCCCAGGGUGACCACUGGCCAUUUAGCACAGUGCUCUGCAAGCUGGUGCGUUUCCUUUUCUACACUAACCUCUACUGCAGCAUUCUCUUCCUCACCUGCAUCAGCGUGCACCGGUGCCUGGGGGUCCUGCGCCCUCUGCAUUCCCUGAGCUGGGGCCAUGCCCGCUAUGCCCGCCGAGUGGCUGCGGUUGUGUGGGUGCUGGUGCUGGCCUGCCAGGCACCCGUGCUCUACUUUGUCACCACCAGCGUGAGAGGGACCCGAAUCACCUGCCACGACACCUCGGCCCGAGAGCUCUUUAGCCAUUUUGUGGCUUACAGCUCCGUCAUGCUGGGUCUACUUUUUGCUGUGCCCUUUUCCAUCAUCCUGGUCUGUUACGUGCUCAUGGCCCGACGGCUGCUCAAACCGGCUUACGGGACCACAGGUCUGCCUCGGGCCAAGCGCAAGUCUGUGCGCACCAUCGCCUUGGUACUGGCCGUCUUCGCCCUCUGCUUCCUGCCUUUCCACGUCACCCGCACCCUCUAUUACUCCUUCCGAUCACUUGACCUCAGUUGCCACACCCUCAACGCCAUCAACAUGGCGUAUAAGAUCACCCGGCCACUGGCCAGCGCCAACAGUUGCCUUGACCCUGUGCUCUACUUCCUGGCAGGGCAGAGACUGGUCCGCUUUGCCCGAGAUGCCAAGCCCGCCACAGAGCCUACACCCAGCCCACAGGCUCGUCGCAAGCUGGGCCUGCACAGGCCUAACAGAACUGACACUGUGAGGAAAAAUUUGUCGAUCAGCAGUGAUGACUCAAGAAGGACAGAGUCCACACCAGCUGGAAGUGAGACUAAGGACAUUCGUCUAUAGCAGCUCAGUCAGGUGUCAGUUCAUGUAGGGGAGAGCUGUAGGGGACCAAGGCUUGUUCAAAGGGGCUGAUAUCCUCUGAUAUGAUAUCAACGGCUCUCAUUUGGCAGGGACUCAGGAUACUCAUCCUGUGGUCCCAAGAGUGACAGGACCCCAAAGUCCCCAAUCAUUUGUAUGUGUGAGUUGGGGAAUCGUAUCUAAGGCAACGCCACCUGACUCCCAUGCAAACAGCUGCCAUUCCUGCCAAGGUACCUAGGCCAAGCUUCAGCCUCUUAAAUCCAAGGGAGAAGCAGGCCCAGGGAGAACACAGCAGAGUCCAGACUAGCUACCUGGAUCAGGAGUAG